GCAUAAAUGGAAAAUCAGUAUCACUUUCCAUGAAAAUUAACAAUCCUUCAUAUUUAUUGAGCGCUAGCAUUCACAAUUAGUUCUCCCAAUAAUCUACCAGGUAGGUGCCUUUAUUAUUAACACCUAUUACUACGUGGUGUCCAACCCUUUGAGACCCCAUGGACUGUAGCCCACCAGAUUCCUCUGUCCAUGGGAUUUCCCAGGCAAAAAUAAUGGAGUGGGUUGCGAUUUCCUUCUCUAGGGGAUCUUUUUGACCCAAGGAUCGAUCCUGUGUCCCCUGCAUUGCAGAAGCAUUCUUUACCACUGAGCCACCACGGAAGCCCUAUGAACAUUUUACGAGGAAGGAAAUUGAAGCAUGCAGUGGUUAAAUUAUGGGUCCACCCGCGCAGAGCCAGAGAGUGGCAGAGCCGGAGUUCGAAUUCCCAACUGCGAGCUCCUCGCGCCUCCAGAUUGGAGAUAAAAAAUCAAUAAAAACCCCAGUAGGUAGGUAGACAGCUCCGCCUGGAUCCUUCGGCCACCUGAACGUGAGGCCUGCACUGUGUGGAGUUAAAAGAAGAGCAGGUCGUGGAAAGCAGACCCGCGCUGAGACGACGAAACCCGGCGGAUGGAAGGGACUGCGAAGGGGUUGAGGGACGGGCCUGGUCCGCUUAGCCGUGCGCCCUUGCCCGCCGCCCUAUUCCUCGCCCAUAGGCGCCGGGCACCUGAGGGAAGGGCGGGGAAUCCCGACUCCUUCCCCGCCGCGCCCUCUCCGCCCUCUCCCCGCCUCCUUCUCGGGCGUCCCGAGGCUAACCCCCCACUCGACGGCCGCGACCCCACAGGCCCCGCCGCCCAGCUACAACCCCCUCCCCAGCCGCCCCGGACGGUGGAAGCGCUCUCGGGUCUUCAACAACUAAAGUCAGGCGGGAGCCGCCCCCGGGCCAGGCCACGGCCCCUCGGGCUUCCCGGAAGCUCGGUGCGCGGGUGGCACCAACGUGCCCGGAGCCACCGCCGUGCCCCCAGGCAUCCCCACCCCGCGGUGAGAGUAUCGGAGGCUACGCAGGCCCCUGAGUGCCAGUGGUGGUGUCCCUUGUCACCUGGAACCCCAUGCAGCCGGAACCCAGGCCUAGCGGGCCCGGGGCCCAUACCCAAUUCCUGCCCCUGAGAUCACAGUGCCCCGAGGGGGCAGGGGACACGGUGAUGUACGCCUCCACCGAGUGCAAGGCCGAGGUGACGCCCUCCCAGCAUGGCAACCGCACCUUCAGCUACACCCUGGAGGACCACACCAAGCAGGCCUUUGGCAUCAUGAACGAACUGCGGCUCAGCCAGCAGCUAUGCGACGUGACGCUGCAGGUCAAGUACCAGGACGCGCCCGCCGCCCAGUUCAUGGCCCACAAGGUGGUGCUGGCCUCGUCCAGCCCCGUCUUCAAGGCCAUGUUCACCAACGGGCUGCGGGAACAGGGCAUGGAGGUGGUGUCCAUCGAGGGCAUCCACCCAAAGGUCAUGGAGCGGCUCAUUGAGUUCGCCUACACCGCGUCCAUUUCCAUGGGGGAGAAGUGCGUGCUCCAUGUCAUGAACGGUGCUGUCAUGUACCAGAUCGACAGCGUGGUCCGCGCCUGCAGCGACUUCCUGGUGCAGCAGCUGGAUCCCAGCAACGCCAUCGGCAUCGCCAACUUUGCCGAGCAGAUUGGCUGUACAGAGCUGCACCAGCGUGCCCGGGAAUACAUCUACAUGCACUUCGGGGAGGUGGCCAAGCAAGAGGAGUUCUUCAACCUGUCCCACUGCCAGCUGGCGACCCUCAUCAGCCGGGAUGACCUGAAUGUGCGCUGCGAGUCCGAGGUCUUCCACGCCUGCAUCAACUGGGUCAAAUAUGACUGCGAGCAGCGGCGCUUCUACGUGCAGGCGCUGCUGCGGGCGGUGCGCUGCCACUCGCUCACGCCCCACUUCCUGCAGAUGCAGCUGCAGAAGUGUGAGAUCCUGCAGUCGGACUCCCGCUGCAAGGACUACCUGGUCAAGAUCUUCCAGGAGCUCACCCUGCACAAGCCCACGCAGGUGAUGCCCUGCCGGGCACCCAAGGUGGGCCGCCUCAUCUACACGGCCGGCGGCUACUUCCGCCAGUCGCUCAGCUACCUGGAGGCCUACAACCCCAGCGAUGGCACCUGGCUCCGGCUGGCGGAUCUGCAGGUGCCCCGGAGCGGCCUGGCGGGCUGUGUGGUGGGCGGGCUGCUGUACGCCGUGGGCGGCCGCAACAACUCGCCCGAUGGGAACACCGACUCUAGCGCCCUGGACUGCUACAACCCCAUGACCAACCAGUGGUCGCCCUGCGCCUCCAUGAGCGUGCCCCGCAACCGAAUCGGGGUGGGCGUCAUCGACGGGCACAUCUAUGCUGUUGGCGGCUCCCACGGCUGUAUCCACCACAACAGUGUGGAGAGGUAUGAGCCGGAGGGGGACGAGUGGCACUUGGUGGCCCCAAUGCUGACACGAAGGAUCGGGGUGGGAGUGGCUGUCCUCAACCGUCUGCUCUACGCGGUCGGGGGCUUCGACGGGACAAACCGCCUCAACUCAGCCGAGUGUUACUACCCAGAGAGAAACGAGUGGCGGAUGAUCACACCCAUGAAUACCAUCCGGAGCGGAGCAGGAGUCUGCGUCCUGCACAACUGUAUCUAUGCUGCGGGGGGCUACGAUGGUCAGGACCAGCUCAACAGCGUGGAGCGCUACGACGUGGAGACAGAAACGUGGACAUUCGUAGCCCCGAUGAAGCAUCGGCGAAGUGCCCUGGGCAUCACUGUACACCAGGGAAGGAUCUACGUUCUUGGGGGCUACGACGGUCACACAUUCUUGGACAGCGUGGAGUGCUAUGAUCCAGACACGGACACCUGGAGCGAGGUGACCCGAAUGACCUCUGGCCGGAGUGGGGUGGGCGUGGCCGUCACCAUGGAACCCUGCCGGAAGCAGAUUGACCAGCAGAACUGUACCUGUUGAGCCGCUUCUGUUUCCUGAGCGGAAAAGAAAAAAAGGUCCGAUCCAGAGUAUUGUUUCUGUACAAAAAAAAAAAAAACCAGGGACAAAUGAAGAGGCUCCACAGCACAAAUCGUGGUCUCCAGAAUGGGAGGCUGGGACACUGCGGUGUUCCAAUCACGAUGUGAAAGAAAAGAAGGCUAGAGUGGGAACUCGUGAGCCUGCCAGAGCAGUCCCAGGAAUGUCCAACGAGAGCCUGCCCAGGAGGUGGGCGCGGGAAGGAUGGGCUCCCCAGAGAGAGGCCCCCCACACCCACUACCCCAAGACUAGGCCUGGGUCCCCCACCAGCAGCCGCCACCUCCCUGUGGGAUGAAAGCAGGUGCCGAGGACAGGCUGGUUUUCAUCCCCUGCGUCUUUGUGACUAUUUCCUAGAGGCCUGGGAAGAAGCCCACUGAGGCCUUGGGGGCGGAGGCCCCUCCAGAGGUGAGGACCCCAGGGAUGGGCCUGUACAUAGAAACCACUGGAUUUUGCUGCUCGGACAGUCAUUUUGUUGAUAAGUAGCCCUGUAACUUUCAGAUGAAAAUAAAGAACAAACUAACUAGUGUCUUCCAA